AAUGCUGUCUUCGAUCGGUAACCGAAAAAGGAUACCAGAUUUCAACGAAUUGGCAUGCAUAAAAACUGCACUGCUGCAUUGUUUACAUCCCGGAUAUGCCAAUGGUACAGUUUGCGCCUAACUGACCAAUCACUUAAUCCGGCAACUAACAGUAACAGCCAGCAAAUGCUUUGCAAUCUUGUAAGAUGAUUCAAGAGCAAUAGGCGGAAGAGGUUGUGACUUGAAUGUAAGUCGGAACAAAAUGUAUCCUGGGCUGCAGGAAGUUCGCUGAUGGCUUCAAAUCUUCAAAUGCUGCUAACAGAACAGAACCAGAUUCAGCUAUUGACCUGGAUGCUCGUGAUCACUUCAGUUUAAACAAUCAAACAGAGCUGCUCAUUGGUGAUCAGUUAAAGUUCAAAUUUUAGAAUGGAGCUGGACUCGCAUGAUCAGAUCGAUUCAUACGUUAAAACAGAACCAGACUCGGGCGAUCCGUUCAGCCAAACUACUCAAACAGAACUGGACUGUGGUGCUCAGUUCAGUUCAAACAUUAAAACAGAACGGGAUUCUGGUGGUCUAUUCAGUGCAAGAAUCAAAACUGCAGAGCCAUAUGUUCCUACAGGGUGUGACAUUCAUGAGACUGAUGAGACAGAACCAGAGUAUGGUAUUUCUUGUGAUGAGAUAAAAUCCGAAUCUGCUGAUGACUAUGGAAGUAUUGGAACUGAUUCUGAUUAUGUGCCUCCACCUGGUUCAGAAUCAUAUGAAAAUGAGUUUCUUCAUGGACACCAAACUCUGCCUGUUCCAGUAUGUCUUAUAUCAGCCGCAGGGACUUGUGGUCUGUUAAGUAUUGAUGUCAAGGACCAGCUUCAUACUGUACAGAAUGGUAUUGUGAAAGAAGAAAUGCCAGAAGAAGACAUGGAUGAGAGCUCAUACGGCUUUGGUGAAGUCCAUGCUGACACUAAUACAAACCCAGCUGAAGACGAUUCUGAUCCAACUUUUGACGUCGGGGAAAAAAUCAAGUUAAACAGUCACACAGAAGAUCAUUGGUUAUUGACGAGUUCUUCUCUGGAGCAGGAGGCAACCAAAAAGAACAGCGCUUACUUAUGUGGCAUUUGUUGUAAAGUAUUCACGGAGAAGUUUCAUCUGACUCGACAUGAGCGUGUUCAUACCGGAGAAAGACCAUUCAAAUGUGAUACAUGUGAUAAAACCUUCUCACGUAAAGAGACUCUUACUAAACAUGAACGUAUUCACACAGGUGAAAGACUUUUUACAUGUGACCAGUGUGAUAAAACAUUCACACAGGGUAGUGAUGUCACGCGACAUAAACGUCGAAUUCAUUUAGGCGAAAGACCAUUUUCCUGUGAUCAGUGUGAUAAAACAUUUACCCAGCAUUGUGAUGUUACUCGCCAUAAACAUCUUGUCCAUACAGAAAAAAGACCAUUUCCAUGUGAACAGUGUGAUAAAACGUUUAUCUCUCCGAGUUAUCUUGCACAGCAUAAACUCAUUCAUUCUGAGGAGAGACUAUUUGCCUGUGACCAGUGUGAUAAAACAUUUGUCACUGCCAGCAACCUCUCACAACAUAAGCAUAUUCAUUCUGAGGUCAGACCAUUUGCCUGUGACAUGUGUGAUAAAUCAUUUACAUGUAAUUAUGGUCUUACCAGACAUAAACGAAUUCAUACAGGAGAAAGACCAUUUAUUUGUGACAUGUGUGACAAAACGUUCAAGCGGCAGAAUGCUUUGUCUCAACACAAGCGUAUUCAUACUGGAGAAAAACCAUUUUCAUGUGACCAGUGUGAUAAAACUUUCUCUCGUAAAGAAGGUCUCGUAAAACAUAAAGACACUCAUUCAGGAGAGAAACCAUUUGGUGUCGACCAUUAAAGAAAAUAUCCUAAAACACCAUGGUUGUUGACAAUGUAUGAAGCACUGUGUCUCGUUCUGGCGGUUAGGCAACCUUAACCUCAACCGCUUUGGUUGGCCCAAAUAUUAAAACAGUCCAAAUUACAUUUCAAAGUUUAGUUGAAGGUGUUUUACAAUACCCCUUGGAGAAUCGGCACCACAUAUCCCGAGGGCAUUCUUUGGCUGGGCUCAGAUUAGGUCGGAGUUCCUGGAAAUGUCAUCCUUUUUCCCGAGUUUGAUGACCAUCUGGUGAGAAUGUCCUCGAUGUUUGGUGAGACAGCCAAUACCUCUAGUUUGCAUGGAUCUUAAUUCACUCAUGAUAGUGCUCUCUACCAGUAUCAAAGGCCAACCAAUUAAAUGUGACUGGUGAUUAGAGGGAGUAGGUGGGCGCUAUGUCGGCCACAUUGGCCUUUUUACAACCCUAGCUUGUACUCGGCAUGUUUUAUCUGGAGGAUCCGACCAUGCAGACCCAAUUCUGUGCAUUGGUAACCGGAGACCACAAUUUUACCCCCGGGUCCUGCCA